AUGGAACAAAGCGAUGAUGAAGAAACUGAUAAGCGCCACACAAGACCAUUGGCCGAAAAAGAUCAGGAAGCUCAUUCUGAGCGAACUAUUAAGAGAAAUGAAAAGAAAACACCUGCCCAAUCUGGGCGAAUUUACUCAAAUGAAUCGACUGCCCACUCUGGGCGAAUUCACUUACAACAACCAACUACCGUAUCCGCUCAAUCUGAACGAAUUCGUUUAAAUCAAACACCAGCUAUUACAGCUCAAUCUGAGCGCAUUAUUUCAACAUCAACCACUGCCAUUCAACUAACGGCUCAAUCUGAGCGACCUAUUUCCAAAAAGAGAACUCUGCCGGAUGAGACUACGGAAGCGAAAUCAGUUAAAGCUUCUGAUUACCAGAAACUGGAAAAUCUGACUGCUCAAUCUGAGCGUAUUACUUCAAAAUCUGACUUCACCAAUGUUCGCUCUGGACGAAUUACCUCAAUCAACACUACUGAACUGAGCACAAGCUCAACUAAGCCAGAAAUCUCUGGCAUUCCAUCUAUCUCAUCUAUUGUAGCCCACGGGCCUAUUAUUGGCUGCAACCCUCCAGUGUACUACACUGUGGUGCAAGUAUUCAGAGACGUGGCUAACUGCGCCCUAUCACCUGGACAAUCUCCUGCUCUGAGGGAUACAGUACCGGUCCUGAUGAUCAGCAACCAAGAUUCUGAAAUAGAAUAUUAA